AUGUCUUCCCUCAACACUGAGGAUACCCCGCAAGAGCCCUCACCCUUGCCUUCAAGCUCCAAGAAGAAAAAGAAGACAAGAAAGUGGCCACGGCAAGAGGCCAGCAUCCAAGCCCUCACCAGGGCUGGCCACAGGGCCCUAUUGGCUGGUCAGAAUCACAAGGCCUUGACCAGCUUCCAGAGGGCCUUCCUCCUGGCUUCCAAGUCACCACAAACCAGGGACAUCCCUGUUCUCCGGGCCUGUGCCUUCAACCUGGGGGCUGCCUACGUGGAGACUGGGGACCCAGCCAGAGGGCUUGAGCUGCUCCUACGAGCUCAACCUCAAGAGACAGCCCAGGGCGGGUGUCAUGGCGACCAGUGUUUCAACGUGGCUUUGGCUUACCAUGCCCUGGGCGACCUGCCUCAGGCUUUGGCUUGGUAUCACAAGGCCCUGGGCCACUACCAGCCACUAGGUGACCAGGGGCAAGCCCAGGCAAAAAUGGGAGCCUGCUACCAGGCUCUGGGACAGCCUGAGCUAGCAGCCCACUGCCUGCAGGAAGCGAGCCGGGCCUACGCCCAAGCAGGGCAGCCCCGGGCUGCAGCCCUGGCACUGGGGGCUGCAGCGGGCUGUAUGCUGAAGAGCGGGCAGCACGGGGUGGGUGAUGUGGUGCAGGUGCUGGAGGAGAGCCGGAGGCUUGCUGAGAGGAGCACUGAGCGAGGACUGCUGGGGCAACUCUAUAACGACCUAGGCCUGGGCUAUUUCCAGCUCCAGCUGUUCCCGCUAGCAGCAGAGGCCUUCCGGCAAGCCCUGCCCCUGUGCCGGGGGCCAGGAGAGGAGGCCACGGUGCUAAGAAACCUUGGGAUGACCCACAAUGCCCUCGGCAACUAUCAGGAAGCCCGGGAGUUUCACCAGAAGGCUGCCGACACGCACGGCUCUGUGGGGCAGCGAUGGGAGCAGGGCCGGAGCUUUGGAAGCCUGGCAUUUGCACUGAGCCAGCUGGGAGACCACAAGGCUGCCAGAGACAACUAUCUACAUGCUCUGCAGGCUGCCCGGGACACUGGGGACGUGAAGGGGCAAUGGCAGGCCUGUGAGGGUCUGGGGGCUGCUGCAGCCAGACUGGGGCAGCAUGACCAGGCUUUGAAGUACUAUAAGGAAGCGCUGGCCCGGUGUCAGAAGGAGCCAGAUUCUGUGCGAGAGCGGCUGGUGGCCAAGCUGACAGACGCCAUAAGGACCCACCUGGCCCGGGGUGGACUGCUCCCGACCCACACCCUGACCUCAGCUCCAGGGGGGCCCCAGGCUCCAGGUGGGGCCUGCCCCGUGGUGGGGACCCCAGCCAGGGUGGGGAAAGACACAGCAGGAGUGCAGCACAGAUCUUCCAACAGGUGGGAAGAUGAGUUAGAGGAGGGCCACGAGGGGAAAGAGGAAGAGUUGGCGAAUGUUCUCACAACGUCUUGGGCACCAAGACUGGAGCGUCCAAGACCCAGGGCCCAUCUCUCAUUUGGAGGCCAAGGCCCCCUCAGAAUGGAGAACCCUGGCCUUCUGGUCACCAACGGCCCCCACAGCAAGAGGUCAUCCAAACAGCCUAGGGAAACCCCCAGCAGGAACCCUCAGAGGAGAUCCACUGAGUCUGGCUUCUGCAGGAUCAUGUGACCCUCCCCUGCUGGCCACAGCAUGGCCCCUGCAGUACCUCCUCAACAUACAGACUUCAGGGGCUUCUGGGGCUGAGCCCCUUCCCAGUCAUUCCCAGUGAGUACUAUAUGGACACAGAAUACAACGUCAGAAAGUGGGCUCCGGAGCAGGCUGGACAAGGGCUUUGCAGUCUCAGCACUGAGGCGGUCUGUGUGCUCCUCGUUGGGAUUUUUGGACUCAAUAAGCAAAAGAAAAAUGGAAAACGGAUGGUGAAUUUCCCCCCUUUCCUUCUGGAUUCAAACCUCACAAUUGCUAAGACCCUUGCCAGUUCUUAAAACUAUGACAUCUUGGUUAAGAGGCUUUGGAGUCACUGACUCCAUUUUCUCAGGUGGGAAAUGGUGAUCUAAUGCUACAGAAGAUACACCUUAACCAACCAAUGGAUGCAUUCCUCUUCCUCCAAGAAACAUAGCAGAUGCUGGAUGCAGGCCCCUCAGGCCUGUAGCAAAACUGCUGCCAGCAGCUGCAACAACAGUAUUAUGUAACACUGAUCACUUAGCACAUACUACACACUGUUCUGCAAAGUGCUUCACAAGUGUCUUCUCCUUUAAUCCUCACAGCAGAUGAAUCCCCUUUCACAGAUGAGGAAAACAAGGCACAAAAGUUAACUGGUUUGCCACCCAGGUCACACAACUAGUAAGUGAAGCUGCGAUUCAAACCUAGGCAGUGAGUUGAGUACCUUCUAGAAUGCUGUGCAGUCAGUUCUACUCCCCCAGUUAAGCCAUUGCUUACCGAGUUGGUUGUGUUUGAUACCAAAUGUGUUUAU